AUGGCGGGAAAUGGCACACCCAGUGCCCAGUUCCUUGCUCCCCCGGCCGUUACUGCCUUACGGCAGGAGGCUCGGGGGAUCGACCCGAAAUUCCCACCCAUGACUCGUUCCCUUAGCGAUGAUAUGCGGGAAGAACGCGAGGAGUUGAAGGAGGCGGCGGAGCAGACCUUGAACGUCAUCGUGGAUUUGGAUCUGGACGGCCGCAUCAAAUGGGUCAGUCCAUCAUGGCGUCAAGUGGUGGGGACAUCUCCUGAAUCGUUAGAAGGCCGAAUGAUUUCGGAUUUCCUGGUCGACAAUAAGACUGCCUUCCACGAUGCUAUUGAAUCCAUGAAGGAAGACGACUCUCGCAGUCGCUUUAUUCGCUUCGGUGUGAGGAUGGGCCCCGAGUCGAUACUGAAAUACUCGCCCGAGCCCCGACCAGUCGAUACGGUGACAGAAGAAAGCAGUGAGGGUUCUCAACCGUCGAAGGAAGCAGACAACUACCAUGACGUCUUGAGCAUGGAAGGGCAGGGCAUUAUGGUAUUUGAGCGGACGCCAGAUGGGACCGGCCAUCCCCGAGAAGUGACUAUUGAUCUUCCUCCUCUGUUGGUGGAGUCGUUGGGUGUCGGUGCUGAAGUACUGGCGAACUACUUGACAAUUCUCGCUGAGGCUGCGGCGAAUGAACCCGAUCCCUCGAAGUACCCUGCGCCCAAUCCGGUUCUCUGUCGCAUUUGCGAGCGUCAGAUCACCCCUUGGUGGUUCGAGAAACAUUCCGAUCUCUGCCUUCAGGAACAUCGGGCAGAGAUGGACGUUCAGAUCGCCCAGGAAAAUCUCAACGAGCACCGUCACGCCAUCGUGAAAGUCUUAGAUGCACUGGAGGCUCGACAAAGCAGGCCUCUGGCGGGAGAAGCGCCUUCCCCGACACCGCAGCCGGAGUAUAAAGGACUAGCAAUUGGGCCAUCACCCGUCGUUUCGGCACCCUCUUCUGGAAAUGUUUCAAACUCUAGCUCGGCUCCAUGCACUCCCCCACGGUCUCGCGAACAUUCAGCUUCGGAUGGCGGCCAUUCACGCGGUCGGUCAUUUGCAAUUCGGCGACCGUUCACUCGGAUCGUUGAGCUGAUUCUCGAUUUGUGCGACACAGCUCUCGAAAUUAACAUGCCCGUGAUCAAAGAACCCCGCGGGGACAGCAUGGAUGAUUUCCGGACUCUCUCACCGCAAUCCGAAUCUCGAAUCUCUCAAGUCUUGCAGUGGCAAUCUCCCAGUUCCAACACUUUGGAACAGGAGCAAGGUCUCGCUGCUCUAAGCGCUGACACGGAGCAGGUCUGCAAAGCAAAAGUUGACGCAGUUGUCCGCCAUCGCAAGAUCGUCGAAUACGCAGAGCGGAUCCGCAUUGAGUAUACGGUGAUGGUGGAAGACUGUAUUACAGCUGCCCUUAGUAAGGCUGAACGUAUCGCUGCCGGCCAGUUGAGCGAUUCGACGUCAUCGGAAGACGAGCUCCCGCCUGAAGACGCUGCUGCUCCCUCUGCGACUGCUAAUGACAGUAGUACUGCCGUCGCUCCUCCCCUGUCACCGCAGCCUGUCAGCCGGCAGCCAACUCUGUCGACAUCUGCAUUGACCAUGUCUAUGCGCAAUGCAUCCGAACGCUUUCAGUUUCCGCACACCGAACGUAGGUCGUCCUCCUCGGUUGCCGUCUCUACGGGAUCAAACAGCCCGAUGGAAUGCCCUACUCCCCGGUCGCACAGGAGUGCUGCGGGAUUAUUAGGCACAUCUCAACCUUCUCGUCGGGGGCUCUCGAUGGUAGAUCUCGAUGCGGGAGAAAUGAGCGAUAGCAGUGUGCUUUCCUCUGCUUUUACCGGAGCCGUACGGACUGAAUCUCCAGCAUCCGACCGGAGCUUGGAGAGAAAACGCAGAAGCUUGGUGCUCCCAGGGUUGUCCAGCUCCCCUCGUCGCCAGCCCUCGCCCGCCAGAAUGUCGACCCCUCACUCGCCCUUACGCAUGCCCAAACCUCGGCUCUCCAGCGGCGCUGAAAGCCUGCCGUCGCCCAUAGUUUCACCUUCCACUCACGCGAGUGAAUUAGCGAAUUAUCACUACCGCCAUCAUCGACGACAGUCAUCAGCGACUUCAUCUGACGUGACGAAGCCCCCAGUUUCUCCUCACCUGACAUCUGCCAGUCAGCCUCAACCCCGUCCAGCGCCCCCGUCGAUCAAAGAUUUCGAGAUCAUCAAACCUAUUAGCAAAGGCGCCUUUGGCAGCGUCUAUCUGUCCAAGAAGAAGUCGACUGGGGAAUACUUCGCAAUCAAAGUUCUCAAAAAGGCGGACAUGGUUGCCAAAAAUCAGGUAACUAAUGUCAAAGCUGAACGCGCCAUCAUGAUGUGGCAGGGGGAAAGCGAUUUCGUUGCUAAGCUGUAUUGGACGUUCUCGAGCAAAGACUAUCUCUAUCUGGUCAUGGAGUAUCUGAAUGGUGGCGACUGUGCUUCCCUUGUCAAAGUCCUGGGCGGGCUUCCAGAAGACUGGGCCAAGAAGUAUAUAGCCGAGGUGGUUCUCGGAGUGGAACACCUGCAUAGCAGGGGCAUUGUCCAUCGUGAUCUCAAGCCGGACAAUCUACUGAUCGAUCAAAAGGGCCACCUCAAACUGACCGAUUUUGGCCUGUCCCGUAUGGGCUUGGUCGGACGCCAGAAGCGCGUCCUCAAGAGUUUGAACGAACCAGCGCCCGACCUUUUGAAGCAGGGUCCCUUCCCUCGCGCGACAUCUAUUGCGUCAUCUCGGUCGGCGUCGUUCGAUUUUCAGGCCCCUGGUUCACCAGGAUCAACACCACUCAUGACCCCCGACCUCGCUGGCAGUCUGACCCAGCCAUCGUACUUCAGCCUUAACCAGAGCGGUCUCAGCCGCCAACCCUCGCGUCGGGCAUCCGGCUACCGCAGUGACAGUGGUGGCAGCGAAAAUCUGAGCGCUAUAUUCCGAAAUUUCUCUCUUAACGAGGGCAACGAGACUGCGUCUUCUUUGCCGCCAUUUUCCUUACCUGUUCCGGUACCAUCAUCCAAUAACGCAGCCGAAGAAGAGAGCCAGAGUGAAGCCGGCGAGUCUCCCCGCUUGUAUCCGCUCCAGCCGACCUUGAGCAACUCGGUACCCUUCAGUACUCCGCCCCAGCAGUCGAUGAUGCCUCCCCUCAUGGCGCUCUUUGACCCCGAAGAUCAUAACAGACGAUUCGUCGGCACUCCGGACUAUCUCGCACCGGAGACUAUUAAUGGACUAGGCCAAGACGAGAUGAGCGAUUGGUGGUCCUUGGGCUGCAUCAUGUUCGAGUUUCUCUUCGGUUUCCCCCCUUUCAACGCCGCGACUCCUGACGAAGUGUUCGAGAAUAUCCUACACCGGAGAAUUAACUGGCCAGACGAGGCAGAAGAGCUAGCAUCUCAGGAAGCCAUCGAUCUCAUGAACAGACUUAUGACUCUAGAUCCUCGCGAACGCAUCGGAGCCAACGUUGAUGACAAAUUCCCGAACGGAGGGGCGGAAAUUCGCAGCCACCCUUGGUUCUCUGAUAUCAACUGGGAUACUCUGCUGGAGGAUAAAGCACAGUUUGUGCCGAACCUUGAGAAUCCUGAGGACACCGAGUACUUUGACGCCCGUGGCGCCACUCUACAACCCUUUGCCGAAGAAUUAGAGGAAGGGCAUUCUUCGCAACCUGUCACAGCAGCAGACCGCCCUCAUGACGCGCUGUUCAAAGUUCGCUCGCAGGUCAAUUCGAUGAAGCGGCCCUUGAUGCCUCUCCACAUUCCCCCGCAUGUCCGUGACUCGCGUAGCAGGAGACUGAGUGAGCCAGCCUUGGCCGAUGACUUUGGCAGCUUUUCCUUCAAGAAUCUCCCCAUGCUCGAGAAGGCCAACAAGGAUGUCAUCCAGAAGCUGCGCCAGGAGGCUUUGCAGGCCCAACAGCGCCAAUACAGUUCUUCCAUUGCUCAAGCAAUUCCACCAACGCAGGGUUCUGCAGCCCCGUCCGGCCCUUCGCUGGAGGGCAGCCCGUUGCCGAUGCCACUACAACGAACCUUGUCUCAUAAUAAAGGCAGCAACCGACCAUCAUCGCCUUCCAGCUUGAGCCAAGCUAACUCCUCUCCGAGCCGUCCUUCACAGCCCUCAUCCCCGCUUCUUGUGCAAUUCAGCACCGGCAACAACCACGAGCGCAGAAAGACGUCAGGAUCAUCCUCGACGAAUUCUCAUCAGUCUAGCGGGUCUUUUGCGACCGGCAGUACUGAUCAGGGUCGCAUGGCAAAUAUCAAACUAGGCUCAUCAGCAUCAUCUCCCAGUAAAAUCGGUCGAGGAGCGACACACUCGCCGGAUAAAACACCUUCGGGCCAACGACAGGGCAGUAUCCCAACAGCCCGAGCGAGAUCGCAAACGAUCGGAUCCCAAGAUGGAGAAUUAUCGUCCUCUCUCGCAAAGGAAUCGUAUGUCGCUGGUCAUUACAAGCGCCGCAGUCAAUUGUUUGACAUAUCACCUUCCUCGUCAGACAAUGAGGACCCUCGUACGAAAGCUUUGCUCAAAGUCCAGCGCCGUCGUCAGAGCUCAAGACGCCUGUCCCAGAUCAACAUUCUUGACGGUCCAUUCUUCCGGCCUUUGGAUGUGCUUAUAUGUGAAGAUCAUCCGGUUUCUAGGAUAGUGAUGGAACGCUUGUUUGAGAAACUACGCUGUCGCACAAUCACCGCGGUGAAUGGUGCAGAGGCGAUGCGCUACGCCCUGAGUGAAGUCCAGUUCGAUAUCAUCAUGACCGAGUUCAAGCUACCCCAGGUGAACGGAGCAGAUCUCGCCCGCAUGGUACGCGAAACACGCAGUGCCAAUCGGCAUACGCCAAUCAUUGCGGUGACUGGAUAUCUGAAGGAUUUACCUGAAACACAUCAUUUCGACGCGCUGAUUCAGAAGCCCCCAACCUUGACCAAACUCACCGAGGCUUUGUGUAAGUUCUGUCAGUGGAAACCUCCACCGAAGGAUCUUAGCCCCUCUCAGCCCUUCGCUGGCCAGCCAUCCGCGCUUCGUCACGCUGCUCUCGCCACCAAUGCAGAUCAAAGCCCUAGCUCGACAACAUCUUCUGGCUUCGCAGUCGUACCUUCAAGCUCGUACCGAGGCUCGAGCCGGGAGGAUUCUAUCGGUAGUAGCUACUUCGGGGAUAUGGAUUCCAUCAAGGCCGAGGAGGCUCCUGUGGUUGUGAGUCGCCCCAACGACGAGUGGAUGUCCAGCCAAACAGAAGGACUGGGCAUCUCGGACGAUUUAGCUCCCAAAGGUGCGACGGAUUCCGAGUCUUAUCCUAGCUCCAAUGCAGUUCCAUUUCCGCAUUUACUCCAUGCCGCUUCAGCUCCCGCUGCCAUGGAGCCAACCGGAAAGGCGACACCUCGCAAAAAACGCUCCGGCGAGUCCAUCCGCGCCAAGAGACAGUCGUUGGAAAACAAGCGCUACGAGUGCGCCGAGUCUGGCGAUGACGAAGAUGAGGAGCUUGGAAACGCGCAUGUGCGCACGCCUAGCUCGAAAUCUAGGUCCCACCGACCGGGUUCUAAGUUGGGGGUAGAGAUGAUGAGGACCAACAGCCGGGGCAGUGUGGUCAGCGGCAGCGAAGAACUGCUGAGAAAGGAGCGCGAGGCAUUGGAAAGGGGCAAGAAUGGAGAGUCUGAGAACGCGAUUGAGAGCGGGGAGGAGCCGACCUCGUCGUCUCCAAGCACCUGUGAUGUGGAGGACAGGUUCGACAAACUGCAGAUCUCCGACAACACAAUACUGGAGAGACCCGAAGAGGAAAUCAGCCCGAGAGACUCGCCAUUACCACAGGGUACAGAUCUGGGCUCAACCUCGUCUGCAGCGACACGGCUGAAGAGACCGUCCUGCUCGCAACGCGAUACGGGGGUCACCGAGAUUUACAGAGGGACUGCCAGCCAGCCUUCCGCCGCAACAAAGGCUGGCGCGGAAACUCUCAAGAAGGGCCAAGUCACUCCUCCGAUUAUCAUUUCCAAGGAAGACGAACCCGGCGCCUCCGCGAUGAUCCUAAACACACCAUCACCCAGAAUGUCAAAGGGCAAUUUAGGCACCGAUGCCGACAAUGAUUAUGAUCAGUCUGCCGACUCCGAAGCCACGCCUCGACCUCAACAUACCCCUUCCCCAAAUUUAGAUCUCGAUCAUACCCCGCGACCAUCUGAGCGAUAG